CUAGUCUUCUCCGUCCAGUUGAAUCUGACACCACCGCGACCACGCUGUAUAGUCUCACCAGUCAUCGCUGUUGCGAUUCUUUCGUGUCUUUACAAGCCGUCGACUACUAGUUUAUGCCUAGUAUCAUUUACGUUCUCAUCCUCUCACUGUUCCGUCCUACUUGGUUUGGCAGAUGAAGCUGUACGGAUCUUCGUCAUCGUCUUUGCGUGGUGGAACAAACGCCGCGGUCCAAAGUAUUGACUCACUAGCUCGCGCUGGUGGCUUCUUAACUCCUUAAUUGUGAGAUACUUGGGUCGUGGUAGUAACAUCGCGUCGAGGUGAUUUCGGGGUGAAGUUCAUCGGGGAGUGCCGGGCAGUGACAGAGACCGUCGCGCACAUUAUAUCAACAACACGCAGAAACCAUUCACCAUGUCUGCAACCACCACCUCAGAGCAGGGAAAGCCUGCUACCCAGAAAUUCACCAAAAAAGCCAUGCCUCAGCGCCUCGACGCUGUCAUUUGCACAAAUGGUUUGAGCGGCCCAUUCAUUGGCGGUUGCAGAAAAGCCCAGCCAGGCAAGAAAUCCCAACUGGGUGAGAAGGAGGAGAAGUUCGUUCUUGACGAAAAGUUGGGCAGCGACGUCGACGUAACCGUUGUGUCCCACUGGCACAACGGAAAAAGUCACUGGUAUGGGUUGACCAUGAGCUUUGACCACAGCUUCAACAACAAGGUCAACGAAGAUGCAGGGUUUGGGGCCUGUUAUCAACCAAUGAUUAGCAACCCCGACUUGGCUAAGCUCGAGCUUAGGGACCAAUACACCAUUGUGGUCAAGCUCCCUUACAACAUGGACGAGUAUACAAUCUCCAUGCGGGACAUCUCAAACAGCGUCGAACUUCCUCAGCAAAUUCAAGAACUCUCUGCGGUUACCCAGAUCGAUAUUCAGCUUCACGAGGGUAGUAAGUUCCUGGUCGAGGGUUUCGGUCUACCGUUCGCCAAUCCUGGUCAUGCCAGCGACGGAUGGAUCAACGAAAAUACACCAAUCGUUGGCAAGACGGAUCUCCUCGGUCUCCUCUCUGGUUCCAGACUUACUUUGCUCGUUGCUAAACUCGAGUUGCGUAUCGAGUUUGGAAGGCAUCAGCCAGAGUUGUUCCGCUACCCGUUCGACUACCCCUUCCCCAAAGCCCAAAAGUUCGAUAUUGAUUUGUUUGAAAAAAUGAUCAAGGAGAACAUGGGUGAACGCUUCAGGCCUACCUUCAAGUUCGAUAACGACGCACAGAGUGUGUGCAGUAAUACUAUGGCCCACGUCAUGGAUAUGUACUGGCUGUACAAUGACUCGUGCAGCAUUCGCAACACCAAAGUUUCCGCUUAUUUCGUUCUUGAGAAGGAGGAACCAGCCAACCCAGACGAACCCAUAUACUUUGCGGUGAUUCGUCUCGAUCAAACGUUUCGGGACCAAUACAAAGCGCACUGGGAACACUUGGUCAAGGAUGGAACAGUCUCCCUCCAUCUUGGAGAUAUUAACGGUCCUCUUCUCAAUGGCCAAAUCAUGGAGCGCCCGGAGACCCUACCGGCCCUCUUGGACAAGCAUGCCUUUGCAAAGCAGGUUUCCACAGCCAAGGACGCCGUUGCGAAGCAAUCUUUGCUUGAUCUUGUCGUCAAGGUGCGGGUAAAAGACGAACACCGAAGUCUCUUGAAGACGUUCGAUGGGCGUGCUGAGGCCGAAGGAGUAUUCGAGAACAGUGUUACGCUCGAUUUCAAUAUUUCCCUCGGCGACUUGGAGCGGAAGGUCAUGGCAGUCGAAACUUUUUUGCCUGGGAGCGCCGCUUGCCCACCAGAAACAGACCCCGAGUUUGACUCCGAUGAGCUCAACUUCAAGAUGGCCCUCCACAGGGAUCUCAUGCGUGGCACGGGUUUCUUCGACACUUUGACCGCCCCUUCCCUCUCCGGCGUUAUAGAUGCCAUGACGCCAGGUACCGAGGCGUCACCGCCUACACCCCGCCCCCUUCCAGUCUUCAAUUUUUUCGAUUUGGAAGAUAAAAUCUUGAAGCAGCAGAUCCUAGAAGAGGCACUCCCAUCUGACAGGACUAGGCUGGAGCUCUACGGGGCUAAGCGUUAUUGCAACGUCGCCUUAGUUGGCGUACCUGGUGGCACCGGCAAGACAAUAACUUUAAGCACGCUGACGCUCGGAGGUCUUCAUUGUUUGCACGGCGGUAAAGUGUAUGGGUCAGGUCCUACCCAUACGGCCGUAACUAAUUUUGCGUUGAGAAUAUACGCAAAUGGGCGCAAGGUUAUCGAUAGGUACAAUAAGGUUGUUCCGUCUACGUCCCGUCGGUCUUACCCCCUUGUUGUACGCGGCUAUUCGCCUAAGGUGGAGGUGGAGACUUUUACCAACAUCUUGAAAACCGGAAUUGCGGACGAUACAGCAUUCAAGUCACGAAACCCCAAAAAUACACCUCGUUGGCGGCUAGCGCUAUCGCCAUCCAAUUGGCUACUCGCUAUUUUGGGGUCCAAGUCUCUUGAGCAGAGUCAAGAAGCCGGCAUCGUACCCACUUUACUCCCAGAGCACGCGACUUGCCUCUAUAAGCUCAAGGAAGAGAUUGACCGGGGUGACGGAUCGGUGGCUCGUAUCAGUCAGCUUGCCCGUGGUGAGCUAACAUGGGAAGCCUAUUGUGAUGGGGAUAAAGUCGAUAAGCACCUCCUAGAGAAAUGGUUGCAAAGGAUCAUCAACAAUGCCGAUGUUGUUAUGACUACCCCGGCUACAGCACAGGGUACAUGGUUCAAGCAAUUUUGGGAGGUAGCUAAAAUCAUUGCUAUCGACGAGGCAGGCUGCAUGUCUAAAGCCGACCUUUGCUCUAUCUGGGGUAAUACCCUAAGGCCUAUUAUUCUUGCCGGCGACGUCAAGCAGCUCCCCCCGACAAUGAUGGAGCUCGAAACUAAGGACGAGGAGGGCAAUUAUGCAAACCGCUUUGGAACAUGUGGCCGUAUUUCAGCUUUGGCCUGGUUACAGGCUGCGGGGCUCCCUACGUUCCGUCUUCUCCGACAGCUGAGGAUGUGUAAGGGUAUGUUCGACCUCGCGAAUGAGCUCUUCUAUUCCGACUACAAGAACAUGGCAUAUGGCGAUGUUUGCGACCCGGCCCAUCCUAGCCAUACCGUCGGUAGAGCUUUUGAGCAGUACCUGCUCGGUCGCGAUCCAACCCUCACACCCAGCCCGGAAGGUUACCUGUGGCCUGUUUUCUGGCACAUGCCGAAAACACGAGUUGAUGUAGUCGGCACUUCAAAGUUGAAUCGGAUGCAGGUAAAGGGCGCUUUGGAAUUACUUAACGACUUUGUCAAGAAAUUCCCAUGCGCUUCACCACAGGACUUUGUGGUUAUUUCGGCCCACAAGCCCAAUGUGGACUAUGGCAACCGACUCCUGAAGUCCGGCCUCCCGCACCUCCGUGGCAUGCCCCCGGUUCAAACGGCCGAUUCCUUCCAAGGCCGAGAAGGAUCAAUCUCGGUGGUCAUUACCGGCACCCGAUCUGGCAUUAUCCCUGGUUUCGUUGCAGACGAAAAUCGUCUCAACGUCAUGUUGACACGCCAAAAGUCGGGUCUCCUUAUCAUUGGAGAUAAAAAUGUCACUGGGGUCAUUGAGGGUAAGCCAAAGGAGGUACAGAAAGCAGAGAAGGCCUCAAAGAUGGGCAAGGUCUUCUACGACACAAACGGGGAGAAAAACCACAGCAAAUUAAAGCCUUUGCGGGAUGUGAUUGUUUGGAUCCAUAAGAAGGGACGGAUCUUGGAAAUUAAGGGAGAGGAGGGGAAGAAUACCUCUAAGGAGGAUGAUAAGAAGCUUGCUGAUGAAGAGGAGAAGCUUGCUGAUGAAGAGGAGAAGCUUGCUGAUGAGGAGAAGAAGCUUAUAGAGGAGCAAACGGCGAAUGAGAUGCAAUCGCGGGUUGCUGACUCGAUCACGGAGUAUGACGAGUUGGAUUGGGGGAAUUUGUAUGAUCUUGACUAUUAUGUCGAUUAA